AUGCGCAGCCCGAUAGUCGCGUUUUCUGUCUUUGCAGCAGCAGCAAUCUCGGUCUCCGCCACCAAUUCACUGCCCAACUCCCCUGACCUCAAUGCGACUUUGUCGGCACCUCACACACAAGCGGACCCUCUGACGCAACGUGCCGUCUCACAUCGUGCGCCCAGACACUCAGGACUCGUCGACAGCGCUGUCAAACACGCGCAAGUUCUACCUCAGGCUCCUCAUGAGAAGAGAGCUGUCGUUGCGCGCCCAGCAGGAAGGCCGGCCCCGCCUAGACCUUCCCGCCAGAAUCAUGGCGGAGGUUGCACAACCCCAAACUCAAACUCCCCAGGUGCUGAUAAUAUGAAUGUGGACAUUAGUCAUGAAAGUUCCGGGAGCUCUGAUGGGGGCGUGUCGUGCUCCAGUGACGCACACGCCGGCUCCGCUGAUAGUAUAGGCCAGAACGCCAUAUCCCCCGACGCAUCUCCCGCCUUCCGAUCAGCUAUUCUCGACGCAAUAAGUGGCACCAGUUCAGCCGGUUCAGGGGAAGGUGACCCCGUCGACCUCGGAAAGCCGUCUGACUCCGGGAGUCCUGGUGAGACCCUUCCUAAAUCUGUGCAUGAGGAACAUGCCAACGGUCACUACCCAGACUAUCCCAAAAUUUGGUCUCAGUCCCAGUCCCCUACUCCAGUGCGACGAUCUCUCAGCACUGCCCUCACUCAGGAAGAAGCUCGAAAGGAGCUCUAUGAAGUAAUGAACAGUACCGUUGUUGGGACCAGUGCCGGAACUAAGUUGGUGCGCAGAAAGGAAUAUACUGAUAACCAUCCUUUGCCCCGGACAGUCGGAGAGGAUGAAUUAUCCAAAGGUAUUGCGACCAGGCACAUUAGCAAGGGUAAGGCAUCCAGCCAAUAUUAUCGGAAGCGAACGAUGUAUAUCCAUGUCACUACAGAAAUGCCUAGUGCUCAGGGUCAGAGCCUUCGAGGAGCAGAGACUCCUGGCAUGGGAACUCUUUUGUACUCUGGAGGAGAGGCACAUUCAGGCGAAGUUGGAUCUAGCGGGGGCGGGAGGUAA